AUGAUAGACGACGACGAGGAAGAGGAGGAGGAAGAAGAGGAAGAGCAGCAGGGAGGACGGGAGGUAGACCGUCGAUUUCAUCUUCACCAACACCACCCUUACCACCUGCGCAUGCAACACUUCUACAGUGAGGACGAGGAGGAAGGGAAGGACAAGGAGAGGAGGGAUGAGGUUGAGGAGGCGGCGGUAGCGGGGAGCAGGCAAACGGGCAAUACAUUGGACCAUGCUCACCAUCACCGUGCUUUGGAGCACAGUCACGGAGGUGACCCUCCAGAAGAAGAAGGGGUCCAAGCAACUACUACAACAAUAACACCACCACCAGCAACUGUAACCAGUUCGUCACACUCAGAGUGUUCGUCGGCUCCUGCCUCGCCCAGCCCGGCGGUAGAGGAUGUGUAUGAUGGUGAUGAUAUCCACCAGGGCCGCGAUGAUCUCUCCACUCCACCACCGCCACCAUUACGACUUCAGCCGCAACAGCAGCAGUAUAUCCGACACAGCAAUGGCAUAGACACCUCCCAUACUCAACAAACCACCACAACUGCUCCAUCCAUAACUGCAACCCCGCCAGAGCUGAACCCAAAGAGCCCUUCGCGACUCUCCAUCCCCCGAUCGAUCCAUUUCCGAGCCAACACACCCUCAGACCGAUCCGGUACAAGCUCCCCACUUGGCCGUCUUCAAGUUCACACCGUCAACCGUCUCGAGGUAGAGAACUCGUUCCUUCUGAACCAGAACAAUUCCUUGACGAGGGAUAUUCAUCAUUGCCGACAGACCGUCCAGGCGUUGAAGCAGAUUUUGGCCCAGCGCGAGGAUACAAUCGGGAGGAUGAAACAGGAAGUCCAUCAGGCCCAUUUGAAGAUCAAGUUUAUGGAUUCUUUGCUUUCUGGGCGGUCGUCUCUUCCUGGACAGCAACAGCAACGCUCAUACCAGGUGCAACCACUGCAACAGCAUGGACCACGAUAUCAACCACAACAACAACAACAACAACAACAGGAGCCACUAAAGGGGCUGGAAGGCGACUGGAAGGAACGGCAUAGACUUGACGACGACUAUGAUGAUGAUGUUGAGGCGAGGGAGAAGGAGGAAGGAGAAAGAGGGGUUGAGGGGUUAGAAAGAUCAAGCUCGUUAUUGGACAUGUAUGCCGCUCAGGAUGAACCACCUUUCAAUUGGCUGCUCAAGGGGUGGGAUGAAGGGGAGACGGCUGCUGCUGAGGCUAGCAAUCGCGACUCUGCUGGCGAUGAUGAAGAGGAAGACGACGAGGAGGAGGAUAGAGUCAUUCCAAGACAGGUCCGGAGCAUCUUUUCUGGAAUGAACGAUGAUGAGCAGUACAACAGCGACGAGUAUACCGACGAGGACUAUGAGGAGUACGACGAUGACGAGGAUGAGGAUGAGGACGAUGACGAGGAUGAGGGAGGUCUUGAGCGUGGACGAGUGGACAGGCCUAGGUCUGGCGACUUUCAGGGUUCUGGAAUCUACCACCACCAUAACCAACAACAACCGCUGUCAGGCAGCAACGGUAGCGGAGAGUCGCUUUCCAUGUCACUUGGCAACAACUCGACCUGCAUUCUUGCCCAGGAGAGCAACGACGAUCACGACGACGACGAUGGUGAUGAUGACGAUGAAGACGCCUGCGACACGAACGCUAUGAGCAUCGUCAAUGGCGACGGAUGCGUUAUUAUUUCCGGCGAUCGUCCACCCAGUCCAGUCUCUCUUCCGAGUCCUGCCCUGUCCGAGUCGAGCAUGUCGCUAGAGUCGCAAUCCGAAGGGUCGAAUGUGUCUGUGACAAGUCUCUCCUGCUCCUCACUCACCUCCGCCAGUACCAGUACCAGUAACAUCAGUGCUGACGAAAAAGACGGACCACCACAACAACAUCGACAACAGGGAUCGAUGGAGAUAACACCCAGUAGUACGAUUCUCAACAGCGGAUGUGGAAUAGACCAGCAAGUACUACAACUCCCCACCGUGGUUCCAUACAGCUCCUUCCGCGAUAGUGGACAUUUCCCGACCCAGGUGUUUACAAUGGAUUUCGAGGAACAGCAUCUCAUUGUCGUGGACGAAACAGACCUCGCGGAACUAGAGGCACAAUCGGCCUUCCGUCCAUUCUCGCCCACAACUACAGCUUCGCUUCUCGUCCACAACGACGACUCGGCCCCUAUGAUCCCCUCUCCUUCCUUCCCGUCUUCUUCUUCGCCACCACCAGCGAACAAAAAGGGGCUCUCCAUCGAGACCGGCAAUGGCCUCACAUCUGCGGCGACUGCAUUGAUACAGGCCAAGGAUACCUCUCAUCACGCGCCACUCUGUCAGCCUAACGGUAAUCACCCCUGUCUCGGCACCAGUCCUCCUAUGGCGGCGCCUCUAGCGCUGAUCUCUCGGGUUCAUAUCGAAAUCAAUGCUUCUUCAACGACGCUGGUCUCGGUCUCGACACCUAGUCCGACGACAACUACGACAACCAUAACUGGUGGCAAUAGUAUUGGUCAAGGAAAGUCAACGGAGGCGUUGUUGUCAUCAAAAGAGAUCAUCACUUCUGCCGGCAUCGAAACCCCCGGUCAGGUCGACAAAGAGGCAGUUGCUGAUGGUGCCGUUACAAAGGAGUGUGAUGAUGCAGACAACAACAGCUCGAUUCCCUCGACUCCAACAACACCAACGACGACGUCGUGGGGUCCUUCAUCGCUCUUCAAGGGCUUGCUGCCCUCCAGGCGCAAGAGCAAAUCACGAUCUUCCAAGUCCAAAGACAAGAGCACCAACGAAACCGAUGGCAGGCUAUCGCCAGGAGCAAGCGAGGUGUUGAUCACAAGGAAGGAGGACGACGGAAUGAUUGUGUUGAAGGAGAAGGAGCAGUCGGUCGCGUGGACCAUGUUGAAGAAGAAACAAUCGUGUGCAGCGAUUGAGCCACUUCCCGCAGCCACAGUAGUAGAAAGAGAAGUAUUGACACCGGCACCAAUUGUAUCUGGACCCGCUGCUGUUGCGAGUUCCACGCUCUUUUCUCGCGUGUUUGGAGGAGGCCGUAGCAAUAGAACCAAGACAUAG